AUGUGACGUAAUGGCGACACCGGAACACACACAGAGGAAAGAAACAUGGCGAAUCUCGUGGAGGCGACAACGCAGCAGCAGUUUGAAGAUUUCUUGGCCAAAUCUGGAAAAUGUCUGACUGUGGUGCAUUUCCAGGCGGCAUGGGCUCCUCAGUGCGGCCAAAUGAACGAAGUGAUGACCGAGCUGGCUAAACUACACGCGCUCACCACGUUUGUUAAACUGGAGGCGGAAGCGGUGCCUGAGUUGUCGGAGAAGUAUGAAAUCACCGCUGUACCGACUUUCCUUUUCUUCAAGGGAGGGGAGAAGGUGGACCGCUUGGACGGGGCCAAUGCUCCGGAGCUGGAUAAGAAGGUGCAGCGCUUGGCAGUUACCGGGAGUCCGGGCGGAGCUGCGGAAAGCGGUACCACAGACCUGAACCAGCGGCUAAAGAAGCUAAUCAACGCGGCGCCAUGUAUGCUCUUCAUGAAGGGUUCACCGCAGGAGCCCCGCUGCGGCUUCAGCAGGCAGAUAGUGGGCUUGCUGAAGGAGCACAACAUCCAGUUCAGCAGCUUCGACAUCCUGUCCGACGAGGAGGUCCGACAGGGGCUGAAGACCUACUCCAACUGGCCCACAUACCCUCAGCUGUACGCGAAUGGAGAGCUGAUGGGAGGACUGGACAUAGUGAAGGAGCUGGCCGAGUCUGGAGAGCUGGAGAACACCUGCCCGAAGGCUGUCACCAUGGAGCACCGUCUGAAGACUCUCAUCAACCAGAGCCCAGUCAUGCUGUUCAUGAAGGGGAACAAGGAGGCUGCAAAAUGCGGCUUCAGCAGGCAGACACUGGAGAUUUUGAACGACACCGGGGUGGAUUAUGACACCUUUGAUAUUCUGCAGGAUGAAGAGGUGCGUCAGGGGCUCAAGACCUAUUCUAACUGGCCAACCUACCCACAGCUGUACGUGAAAGGAGACCUGAUCGGUGGACUGGACAUAAUGAAGGAACUGAAGGAGAAUGGGGAGCUGGUAUCAGUGCUAAAGGGGGAGUAGGUGUAUUCACCAUGUCAUCAGAGAGUGAACAAGAAGCUACUGCACAUACCAGGCCAGUGUCGCUGAUGCAACAGGAGGGCCAGGGAGGGAAAUACUAGAUUUAAUAAUCAAAUUGUGUCACAUAUAACCAAGCUGUUGUAGCAUUUGGAUAUAUUCACAACCUACUUAAAAGUCAAAAAUGAAACUGCACUUAAAGAGAAUUUACUUUGGGUUUAUUAUUUUUGAAGUUUCGGCAAAGUAAUUCUUGAAAACACAUCUUGAGAAACGUUUAAAGUGAAUGUUAACCGAUCCCUGUGCGUGGCCUGAUUUUAUAAAUCCUGUCUGACUCUGAGAAAAUACACUGAGAUGACUUACAUGUUUUCUGCAUUUUGGGGGGUUACACUUGUCCUUCCAGUAUUCACAGCCUCACACUUAAGAGCGGGUUUAUAUUUAGUGAAGCCUCUGACUUUUCCUGUUGUCCUGUCCACACUUUCCUCACCUGAAAGAAAAACAGUUACAACUAUAUCCAAUAAUCACUCUGGUUAAAUGCAUAGAACUAACUCUAGGUGGCAGUUAUUGAGACUUUGUUCAUUAAUAACAUUGUGAUUAAACAAUUAAAAAAAACUAAGAUUUGGUGUUGUUUUUGGUGCUGCUUCUAUCAGCUUGCUAAUAUGUACAAAAUAUCACUUUGUAGAAUCUGCGGGCAACCAAACUAGGGUUGCAGCAAUAUGUUUCAAGGUAUACUGUGAUAUAAAAGUUUCUAUCAUACAGAGUACAUUUGCUUAUCUGCAAUAUUGGGGGG